GUUUCCCGGCAGGCCGCGCGCGGAGGCUGCCGGCGGGACUGGAGUGCCGCGGUGGCUGUGAGAAAGUGACCCGUCGGCGUAGGUUCCCGUGUUAGCGAUGGCUUCCUUCGUGACGGAGGUUUUGGCUCAUUCGGGGAGCCUGGAGAAGGAGGAUCUCGGCACCCGGAUCAGCCGCCUGACCCGGAGGGUGGAGGAGAUCAAGGGUGAGGUAUGCAAUAUGAUCAGCAAGAAGUACAGUGAAUUUCUGCCUAGUAUGCAGAGUGCACAGGACCUUGUUGCCCAGGUGGAUAAACUAUCUGAUGAUAUUGACCUGCUGAAAUCCAGAAUAGAGAGUGAGGUCCGUCGUGAUCUUCAUGUAUCGACUGCUGAAUUUUCAGACUUGAAACAACAGUUGGAAAGAGACUCAGUAGUCCUGAGUUUGCUUAAACAGCUACAAGAGUUUUCUACUGCUAUUGAAGAAUAUAAUUGUGCAUUAACAGAGAAGAAAUAUGUCACUGCUGCUCAGCACCUGGAAGAGGCACAGAAAUGUUUGAAGUUAUUAAAAUCCAGAAAAUGCUUUGAUUUAAAAAUAUUGAAAUCUCUCAGCAUGGAGCUCACAAUACAGAAACAGAACAUACUUUAUCACCUUGGAGAAGAGUGGCAGAAGUUGAUUGUAUGGAAGUUCCCAUCAUCAAAAGAUACCAGCAGUUUAGAAUCUUGCCUGCAAACAGAACUUCAUUUGUGUACUGAACAAUCCCCAAAAGAGAAGACCCUUAUGCCAUCCAUGAGUUCUGUCUUGUUGGCAUUUUCUAUCCUUGGAGAACUACACACUAAGCUUAAAUCAUUCGGUCAGAUGCUGCUGAAGUAUAUCCUUAGGCCUUUGGCAUCUUGCCCAUCCCUUUAUGCAGUGAUAGAAAGCCAGCCUAAUAUAGUCAUUGUUCGUUUCGAAUCUCUCGUGACUGACUUGGAACAUCCAUCACCAUCCGAAGUUUUUGAAAAGAUCCGACUUGUGCUAGAAGUGCUUCAGAAACAGCUUCUAGAUUUGCCUCUUGACACUGACUUAGAAAUUGAAAAACCAUCUACGAUCAUAUUGGCUGAGAUGCUUGGUGAUGUAAUCUGGGAGGAUUUGUCUGACUGUCUCAUCAAAAACUGCUUGGUUUAUUCUAUUCCAACAAAUAGCAGCAAGCUACAGCAAUAUGAAGAGAUCAUACAAUCCACUGAAGAAUUUGAAAAUGCCCUAAAGGAGAUGAGAUUUUUAAAAGGAGAUACUACUGAUUUGCUGAAAUAUGCUCGUAAUAUCAAUUCUCAUUUUGCUAACAAAAAGUGCCAGGAUGUGAUUGUGGCAGCUAGAAACCUAAUGACAUCUGAAAUCCACAACACUGUGAAGAUUACUCCUGAUUCUAAGAUAAGUGUGCCAGACUUACCAAGUCCUGAUGAGGAUAACAAGCUUUUAGUACAAAAAGUAUCCAAAACUGAGUAUAAUGAAGCAGUGAAUUUAGAACCUGAAAAUACAUUGGAUCAACAUUCCUUUUCUUUGCCUACAUGUCGUAUCAGUGAAUCUGUGAAGAAGUUAAUGGAACUUGCUUAUCAGACUUUAUUAGAGGCAACAACCAGUAGUGACCAAUGUGCUGUCCAACUUUUCUACUCAGUGAGGAAUAUCUUUCAUUUGUUCCAUGAUGUUGUACCAACAUAUCAUAAGGAGAACCUUCAAAAACUUCCCCAGUUGGCUGCUAUUCACCAUAAUAACUGUAUGUAUAUUGCUCACCACUUGCUGACCCUGGGGCAUCAGUUCAGAUUACGCCUUGCCUCCAUUCUUUGUGAUGGCACUACUACUUUUGUGGAUCUUGUACCUGGCUUCAGAAGACUUGGGACAGAGUGCUUUUUGGCCCAAAUGCGGGCACAGAAAGGUGAACUUCUGGAAAGAUUGUCAAGUGCUAGGAACUUUUCAAACAUGGACGAUGAAGAGAAUUAUUCUGCAGCAAGUAAAGCAAUCCGGCAGGUACUGCACCAACUAAAGAGACUUGGAACUGUGUGGCAAGAUAUCCUGCCAGUGAAUAUAUAUUGCAAGGCCAUGGGGACUUUACUAAAUACAGCAAUUUCUGAGAUCAUUAGCAGAAUCACUGCCCUUGAGGACAUCUCUACUGAAGAUGGUGAUAGAUUGUAUACCUUAUGCAAAACAGUGAUAGAUGAAGGACCCCAAGUAUUUGCACCUCUGUCUGAAGAAAGCAAGAACAAGAAAUAUCAAGAAGAGGUUCCCAUCUAUGUGUCAAAAUGGAUGCCUUUCAAAGAACUGAUGAUGAUGCUACAAGCUAGCUUGCAAGAAAUUGGAGAUCGGUGGGCAGAUGGAAAAGGGCCGCUGGCAACUGCAUUCUCUUCCAGUGAAGUAAAAGCUUUAAUUCGUGCCUUGUUCCAGAACACAGAAAGAAGAGCCGCUGCCCUUGCUAAGAUUAAGUAGCUCGAUCUUCCUGAGAAAGCCAUAACUUGACUAUGUGGAUUCCUUCUUUGGUGUAGUUACUCCACAAGACUUCUUGGGAUCACCCUUUGGUUUUGGUGAACCAGAAUUUCAUGGAAGCUUGACUUUAUAUAAGGAUGUCUUACCUCCUGGCCUGUAUGAGACUUUGUUGAAAAACUGGAUAUUAAGAUGUCAAGUGAAGCACCUCAAUUCAUUGACUUUCUAGGCAUUCUCCUUUGAUAAAUAAGAAACAGUGGGGCAGUAUUUAUGCUGAUUCCAGGACUCUCUGGGAGCUGUAUACAUUGUAAUUUUAGGCCCUGAUUUUGGAAAAAGGAAUCCAAGAGAAUCCAAGACGUAGAAUGAAGAAUUUAUGAGAGAUUUUUUUGGGGGGGGUGGAUAGGGAUACUAUAUUUGGUUUUGCAGGAAUUGGGAGACCUAUAAUAUUUCUUUCUAGUAAAUAAUAUCUUUCAGAGUUAAA